CGAUCGCCAAACAUUUAUUAAUUUUUUAUUUUCAUGUUUUUUUAUUUUUUCCUUAAAAAAUAACUUUUUGUUCUCCUCAUAACUACUGUUUCUAAACAAUUAAGAAUAACGCAAGAAUCAUGGACAAAUUACGCAAAGUUUUAAGCGGCAAUGAUAGUACUCCCGAAGAGGAGGGCAGCAUAAUUACACAGAUAAAUGACAUGUCAACCUUAAGCUGGUCCACACGCAUUAAAGGUUUUUGCAUAUGCUUCGUCUUGGGCAUUGUACUAUCCAUACUGGGCUCUGUGAUGCUGUUUUUACACCUGGGCAUAGUAACAUUUGCUGUAUUUUAUACCCUGGGCAAUAUUAUCUCAAUGGCCAGUACAUGCUUUCUCAUGGGUCCCUUUAAGCAAUUCAAGAAAAUGUUUUCGGAUACCCGCCUAAUUGCCACGUGCAUUGUGAUAUUUUCCAUAAUAAUGACAUUGAUUGCAUCCAUUGUGUUGCACAAAGCUGGUUUAACAUUGAUUUUCAUUAUCAUACAAUCACUAGCCAUGACCUGGUAUUCACUGUCAUACAUUCCCUAUGCCAGAGAUGCGGUGAAGAAAACACUAUCAGCCGUUUUGGAUGUUUAAAAAGCAUGAAGUUUUCCCCAUUUUCUUUUUAGUAUUACCUAUAGUUUUCACUAAUAUUUUGUGUUUUUCUU